AUGUCGACCAUCUCAGGCGACGAACUGGCGAGCCACAACACCCGAGACUCAUGCUGGAUAGCCAUCAAGGGGACAAUCUGGGACGUCACGUCUUUCAUCGAUCAACACCCCGGCGGAGCGAGUCUCAUUCUCAAAGUCGCCGGCCAAGAUGCCACAGAGCAGUACGAGACCUUUCACGAUCUGGAACUUGUGGAGAAGACGUUGGGUGAUGGAGCACGGCGAGGUGUUGUCGAUCCGAACUCGAUACCGAAGAUGAAGCCGGAGAAGAAAGCCGAGGAGCAGAGUCGCAAGGCGCCGCCGUUGAGCAGUAUGAUUAGUUUGAAGGACUUUGAGAAGGUGGCGGAGGAGUUCAUGACCCCGGUGGCAUGGGCGUAUGUGUCGUCUGGUGCGGACAAUGAAGUCAGUCUGCGGGAGAAUGGCCGUGUGUACGAGAAGGUCUUCCUAAGGGGAAGGGUAUUGCGGAGAGUGGCAGCGGUGGAUUUGAGCACGACCAUUCUAGGGUACGAGUCGUCAUUACCGAUCUACACAUCUCCGGUUGGCCUGGGAAAGCUAGUGCAUCCUGACGGCGAGUGUGCCAUUGCGCAAGCAGACGGCAAGGAAAGUGUUGUUCAGGUCGUGAACACUGUCUCCAGCAUGCCUAUCGAAGCAAUAAUGAAGGCCAGAGUAAGCGAGGAGCAGCCGGUCUUUUGGCAGCUAUAUCUGAAUCAAGAUCUCGAAAUAUCCAAGGCCUUCGUGGAGAGGGUGGAACGGACGGGAGUUAAGGCGAUUUGGCUGACGGUUGACUCGCCUGUGACGGGUAAUCGGGAGAGAGAUGAGCGGUCGAAGUCGAUUGAUGAAAUCGAAGAAAGUCUGGAGUCGAUUGUUGAAACGCCGCAAAGUAAAGGUAUCGCAGCAUCGAUGAACUCGUACAUCAACGCAGAUGUGGGCUGGGAGAUUAUCGAUUGGCUGCGAUCUGUGACGAAGCUGCCGAUUGUAAUCAAAGGUAUCCAGUGCGUCGACGAUGCUGUACUGGCAUACGAGCACGGUGUCGAUGGGAUAGUCUUGUCGAACCAUGGCGGGAGAUCUCAGGAUACUUCACAGCCACCUCUUCUGACCCUGCUGGAGAUCCGCAAGCACGCACCGCACAUCAUCGGCGGGAAGAUGCAGAUCUUCGUGGACGGUGGUGUUCGGAGAGGUACAGACAUCCUCAAAGCAUUGUGCCUGGGCGCGAGUGCUGUUGGUAUCGGCCGUCCCACGCUGUUCAGCAUGUCGGCAGGCUAUGGCCACUACGGCAUCCGUCGAAUGAUCCAACUCCUGCGCAAAGAGCUGCAGACCAACAUGGCAUUUCUGGGCGCGAAGACACUCGCCGAUCUCAGACCCGACAUGCUGAACACCAAGAGGUUAGAGCGGAUGCUCUGUAGCGAUGUCAAGUUAUGA